UUUCCUAGCACAGCCUCUUCAUCACUGGAAGACCAUGAAAACAAUUCAGGAUCCACUUCCUACAGGAAAUUAAAAGUUACUCUGUUAAGCAGUGAAUGGAGAUCAACAAAAGGAGACGUGUCAACCAUCAACCGAGAGCUUGCCAUUCAGUUGGCGAAACACCCCAGCGUGGAGGUCAGUGUUUAUCUUCCUCAGUGCAGUGAAGAGGAUAAACAAGAUGCCGCAAGUUACAAUGCCCUUCUUAUUAAAGCAGAAGCAAUGCCAUGUUAUGAAAACCCAAUUGACUGGUUGUCUUAUCUACCUGAAGGCCAUGCUGUGGACUGUGUGGUAGGAUAUGGGGCUGUUCUUGGUCGGCAAGUACAGUUUAUCAAACGUUAUCAUAAGUGCAAGUGGAUACAGAUUGUUCACACAGCUCCUGAGGAGCUGGAUAUGUACAGGUCCCAUGCUAUUUUAAGAGCUGAGAAAUUGCACCAGGAUGAGGUGAAACUCUGUGAAAAAGCUGAUCAAGUUGUAGCAGUUGGACCCAAGUUGGCUGAUGUUUUCAGACAUGAUCUCCGUUCUUGUGGAAAGGAUCAAGAUGUUCUCGAGCUUACCACAGGCAUCUUCUCUGAAUUUUCUGAUGUGAUGCAAGCCACUGAAGAAAGAAAAACGUUUAGUGUUUUGAUGUUUGGACCUGAUGACAAUGGAGAUUUUAAACUAAAUGGAUAUGACAUCGCUGCUCGCGCUAUUGCUGAGUUGAAAGACGAGCCACAACCCUACAAACUCUUUUUUGUUGGUGCACCACGUGGAGAAGAGGAGAAAGUAAGAUAUUUGUUACUCCAGCAAGGCAUUGAUCGACGUCAACUAACUGUACGUUGCUUUUGUGAAAGCAGGGAGAAACUUGCUCGGUUGUUUUGUGAAGUAGAUCUUGCUAUAAUGCCUUCGCGAACUGAGGGCUUUGGUCUAGCUACCCUUGAGGCUUUAUCUGCUGGUCUGCCUGUGCUGGUCAGUGGGAACUCUGGUCUUGGCGAGGCUUUGAAGAAAGUUCCUUAUGGUUUAAGCUUUGUUGUGGAGUCAGAAGAUCCUAGAGAUUGGGCCCGGGCAAUCAAAGCUGUCCGUCACAAAGACAGGAAGAUGCGUCUUAAAGAGAUUGAAAAAACACGUGAAGCUUAUGCGGGAGAGUACAGCUGGGAGGAACAGUGUGACAAACUUGUAGAAAGGAUGUCAAAUAUCACCUCAGGA